UUUGAUCGCGUGGUGGGAGGAAGGUGCAGGGCAAGCGGGCGAAGCCUCGAGGGUAGUGGUAGUGGUGGUGGUCGCGGAGUGCCAAAGCGACGCCGGUGCCGAUCGGAUCAGCGCGCUGCGAAAGGAAAGGGAAGAAUUCAGUCUAUCGACGAUCUUGAGAUCCAGGUAGGGAGUUGUUCCCCCACUGGAACGCUCCGAUUUGGUGUUUUCUUGGUCGAGCACGGUCAGCUGCUGUAGUAACUCCACCAACUCUCCGGAUCUUGGCAUUUUAUAGGCUCAAAUUGGUCUCCCGGAAGAGGAAUCUUCAAGUGAUGGAUUCCGCGAGAAGCUGGUUUCAUAAAUUGCAACCUCGAGGGGAGAAAGUCAAGCCUGGACCGGCGAAGAAGGAAGCAGGAAGCGUGAAGGAUAUGCAGAAGCCACCAAUUGAUGAGGCGCCUUCGAACAUCACGAAGCAGAAGGUUGCCGCCGCGAAGCAGUACAUCGAAAACCAUUACAAGGCCCAGAUGAAGUCAUUACAAGAUCGAAAAGAGAGGCGCUGGAUGUUGGAGAGGAAGCUUGCUGAUGCAGAAGUUUCUGAGGAAGAGCAGAACAAUAUUCUGAAGAAUUUAGAAAAGAAAGAGACAGAAUACAUGCGUCGUCAAAGGCAUAAAAUGGGAGUAGAUGACUUUGAACUUCUGACCAUCAUUGGAAGGGGGGCCUUCGGAGAGGUGAGGAUUUGUAAAGAGAAAACUACUGGGCAUGUCUAUGCAAUGAAAAAGCUUAAAAAAUCUGAAAUGCUUCGCAGGGGUCAGGUGGAGCAUGUGAAAGCUGAAAGAAACCUACUUGCAGAGGUGGAUAGUGCCUACAUAGUCAAACUCUUAUUUUCUUUUCAAGAUGAAGAGUAUUUAUAUCUCAUCAUGGAGUAUCUUCCUGGCGGUGACAUGAUGACUUUACUUAUGCGUAAGGAUACAUUGACAGAGGAUGAGGCCAGAUUUUAUGUUGCAGAAACAGUAUUAGCAAUUGAAUCUAUUCAUAAACAUAAUUACAUUCACAGGGACAUUAAACCAGACAAUUUAUUGUUAGACCGACAUGGUCACAUGAAGCUCUCAGAUUUUGGCUUGUGCAAACCUCUGGAUAGUAGUAGUUUUCCAAAUCUCAAUGAGCCUGAACAUGCAAUGGGAAGAAAUAUCAGGCCUACUCUGGAUGAUAAGCGAUUUAAUGUCGCUCCUGCUCCUAGGCGUACUCAACAGGAACAAUUACAACACUGGCAAAAGAACAGACGGAUGCUGGCUUACUCAACUGUUGGCACACCUGAUUACAUUGCUCCAGAAGUUCUGUUAAAGAAAGGAUAUGGAGUGGAAUGUGACUGGUGGUCGCUUGGAGCAAUUAUGUAUGAAAUGCUUGUAGGUUACCCGCCAUUCUAUUCUGAAGAUCCAAUGUCGACAUGUAGAAAGAUUGUAAACUGGAGAAACCACUUAAAGUUCCCUGAAGAGGCUAAGCUUUCAUCUGAAGCUAAAGAUCUUAUUAGCAGACUUCUAUGCAAUGUAGAACAUAGACUUGGGACAAAAGGUGCUCAUGAAAUAAAGGCGCAUGUAUGGUUUAGAGGUAUCCAGUGGGAAAGUCUAUACGAGAUGGAUGCUGCUUUCAAACCAGAGGUCAACGACGAGUUGGAUACUCAAAACUUUGAGAAAUUUGAGGAGACCUCUGCUCCAGUCGAGACUUCUUCAAAGUCUGGCCCAUGGAGGAAGAUGCUUCCAUCUAAGGAUGUAAACUUUGUGGGCUAUACAUACAAAAAUUUUGAAAUUGUAAACAACCAUGAAGUUCCAGGGAUUGCUGAACUGAAGAAAAAGAGUAACAAGCCAAAGAGGCCAACCAUCAAAUCAUUGUUUGACAUGGAUAUAUCUCCGGCAAGUCAGCCUAUCCAAGGAAGUUUUCUCAAACUAUUGCCUACGCAGAUGGAGAUGCCCGAAAGCCUAGAAUCAUCCCCUCACUCCAGCAGUUCUUCACUGGAUCAACCUCAAUUUCGAAAUCGAUAAUGCUAAGAGCUCUGCAAGCUACUUGUUAAUAUCCAAAACAACUAAUUUUUGCAACUUCCUUUUGUCUACAUAUACCAAGACCUUCAGUUAUCAUCUUCCAUCAUCCUGUAUAAGAAGUGGUGCCAUACAGAUGUUGGCUUGGUUACUUGUAAAUUUGUGGUUCCAAUUUCAUAAAGGUUAGCUUUCAGAUUUUUUUAAUUUUUGUAACGAUGGAUUUAAGCUGACAUGAGAUAUAGCUUUGUAAUGUGAAUUAACUAUCGAGAACAGAUGGUUACUCUUUUUCUCA